AUGGAGGCCUGUCUUCUGCAGCUGCCCCAAAGGCUGCUCCUGCUGGGGGCAGCCGCCCUGGCUGUGUCUGCGCUGGAGACAGCCGACCUGGUGGACCUCUGCGGGCAGACAUUGCAGGGGGACGGGCUGCUGCUGCUGCGCUCACACUCCGCUUCGCGCAGGUUCGACUUCGUGGUUCCGGACACUGACUGCAGGUUCUGGGUGCGGGCGGCGGCCCCCAGCGACAGGAUCCGCUUCCAGUUCUGCUGCUUCUUGGUCUACACCCUGACCUCGGCGUGUCCAGCAACCCCAGCGCCCAACGCCUUCCCUACGUCUGCCCACGCGUGGGCCCGCGGCUCCUACCUGCAGCUCUACAAGGGCCCGACGGGGGCGCCCCGGGCCCUGGGAGCCCCACUCUGCGGCUUUACCAUCCCUGUCCCGAUGGAGUAUUCUGGGGACUUCCUGGGCUUGCGCCUGGUCACUAGAGGUCGCCAUCCCUCCGUGGACUUCGUGGGCGAAGUCACCUCUUUCCGGUUGGGAUCCUGUGGUGCCUACUUCCGCUGUCAGAAUGGUAGGUGCAUCCCCCUGAGCUUGGUGUGCAAUCUCUGGGGCAUGGACAACUGUGGUGAUGGCAGUGACCAGGCUUCCUGGCCACCAGCCAACUGCAGAGGUCCCUCUCUGGUGCCCAGCCAAGCGGGCAGUAUGGAGGACGAUACUUCUAAGUCUCCAGCUGUCUCCCCAGCUCUCGGGUCGGCAGGCCCUCUCCAGAUUACAGCUGAGAGCAGCCCCCCAGCAGGCCGGGCCCCUGUACAACAGGAUGCAGUUGUGGAAGGUAGAUGGCUCUUGGUUACCACCGGCCCCACUCCUCUCAUCAAGAUCACACUUGUCCUUUUCCAGGUGAUGGGGAUGGGGGCAGCAGGCCCCGGCCGAGGCCUGAAUGGACUCCCCCUUUCCUUCCGCAGGUCCCUGGCUACAGAGGGUGGCGCUGACCUCCUCGCUGCUCCUAGUCUCUGCUGACCUCCUCAGGGGCCUCCUCAGGUGCUGUUGCUCCUCCAGCUGGCUGACCUGGUGGGCUGGUGCCCGUGGCCUCUGCCUUGGCUGCAUCAUCUGUCACACGUGUCCUGGCCAGGUGGCCCUUGGGGGGCUACAACCAAGCGGGCCAGGCUUCCGGGGUCAGGGAGGCCAUCCCUGGAGAGGCUGCGGCUUCAGAGGAAGGACAGUGGGCUCUGGGGUCAGACAGACCCUGGGCUCUGUCCACACCCUCCAGAGGGCUGGCUGUCUGACUUUGGGAAGGUUACGUUAACCCUCUGAGACUCAGUCUGCUCCUCUGGAAAAUGGGAUGAUUCCUGCCUCAUGGGGCUGUGAUGAAGACCACAGGAAGUAAUUGGCCGUGCAGCUCACGUGGGGGCUGGUACUCUGCUGGUCAGUGAGGGCAGGACCUCCAUGCCCAGAGCAGGAAGCAAGGGCCUCGCUCACCUGAAGCUGCCUUGCUGCACUCCCAGACACACCUGCCCU